AUGGGAACAAUGAAAACCCUUUUCCUCCUCACUUUAACUUCCACAUUCUUCUUCUCCACCUUCUCCCAGGAAGCAUCAGUUUUCUCCAGGCAAGCCAACUUGGAAACCUACAUUGUGUUUGUAGAGAAACCAGAAAACCUGCUAGAAUCCAAUCUACAUGACUGGUACACCACAUUCCUCCCGGAAACUACUUCGAGUCUAAGCUCGAACCAACCACGAAUCGUCCACUCCUACCGCAACGUGAUCACAGGCUUCGCAGCUAGGCUCACACCACAGGAAGCCAAAGCAAUGGAACAGAAGGAAGGCUUCAUCGCAGCUCGGGUCCAGCGAUCUUUCUCACUACACACAACCCUCACUCCCAAGUUUCUCGGGCUGCCACGGAGGCCAACAAAGCUAGGAGCUUGGAACGCCUCGAAUUACGGAGAGGGAGUGAUCAUUGGUAUGAUUGACUCGGGGAUAAAGUACGAUCACGCUUCUUUCUCCGACAAAGACAUGCCUCCCCCGCCCUCCAAAUGGAGAGGCAGGUGUGACUUCAACGGCAAGCAAACAUGUAACAACAAGCUCGUUGGUGCUCGAAGCUUCGUCUCUACUGCUCGAGGCACUGAUCUACCGUGGGAAGAAAGCUACCAUGGGAGUCAUACUUCAGGGAUAGCUGCAGGGUGCCCUGUAGAUGGUGCCAACGUGUUUGGACAAGCGAAUGGGACAGCCAUGGGGAUCGCGCCUAGAGCCCAUUUGGCAAUGUACAAGGCCUGUGGAGAUUUCUGCGACGAAGGUGAUGCAUUGGCAGCAAUCGAUGCUGCUAUUGAUGAUGGCGUUGAUGUGCUCUCAAUCUCCCUUGGACCUCCACAUCCUUUUCCAUUCUACAACGAUGGGGUUGCGUUGGGUACAUUUAGAGCCAUUCAAAAGGGUAUCUUUGUGAGCUGA